CUCGGCAGAGCACAAUGCAGGACAUCUCCCCAAACUCUUCCCGGUUCGCCCAUACGCUAGCGGCCUUGUUCCCUCCUAGAAAGGUGUUUGUGAGAUUGUCAUACUUGCAACAGUCCUACGAACGCACUGCUGGGGAAGGAAGUUGGUCUCGGUACUUCAAGAGCUGGGCAGAUUGUGUCCAGACCGCCUGCUCACAACCGUCCAGCACACUCCGUUUCGUUCAGAUCAAGGAUCAAAGUGGGAAUGGGCGAGAAGCAUGGAUCUGCUCGCUGACACGAUUGGGACAUGCUGGUUUGCACGACAUUGUCGAGCAUACACGGCGAAUGGAUAUUGCGGUGCUGGCAAAAAUGUGGGCAAUGAGGCAAUCGGAACACGUGGACCCAUAUCCUGACUCGACAACCAGUUCUGAGCUGCAUGAGCUGCAGAGAGUGCUGCGAAAACACGAGGACUGCUGUGAGGUCUCAUCAAAAGGAGUUAGGAUCAACAAUAUCGACGACCAUCGGCGCUCGGUUGAUGGGGACGCCUAUCAUUACCGACCCAGCAAAUCCACUCCCCCGGUGUCUUCUCAGCGUGACCCAGAUGAUGCUGCCUUCAAACGAAAGCGCGUGAACAGCCCGACGAGCAUGUUAGAGACAUUGUCAAAUAGUCGAAGACAAUCACGAUCUGCCUCACCCGUUCGAGAACCAAAAGCAAAACGACGCUCAGAAAGUUCUUCGUCAAUAUCAGCUUCAAGAGUGAAGAAGGAACCAGUGGAUUUAUUCAAGUACACACCCUUUUCUGCACAAACACACGAAUCGCCCUCACCAGCGUCGACUACAAUUAAAGUCAAAAUUCGCGAGCAACCACCAGUCAAAGAUCCAGAACUAAUCAAAGCUUUUCGGGUUUUGUAUGGAUGUCAUGCAACCGUUGUUCAUCCACCGGGUACCUCCUUGUUCGGAGUGACGAAUCCACUCCUAAGGGGCGUUGGUGGCCUUAAAAACGUCAGUGGGGGAAAAGGCGGUGCAUGGGCAAGUUGAGAGUCGUAAUUAAUGUCCGAGUUUGUUUUCCUUAUGUAUAUUAGAAACAAAUGCGAGGAAUGUACAUGCAAGCUUUUAUUUCGUCGUAUGGUCAUCCACCUUGAAGCUUAGCCCGGCGACUGGAUGACACAUGGACCCACGUGAUCAACUGACCACAAUCG